UCUCAAGCCAUUACCAUGUCAUCCAAAAUCUCCAAAUCUGCUUUCCAAGGGCUGGCGAAGAAGAUUCGCGAAAAUUCGGACGCUCUCAAAAACCUCCAAUUCGCCGAUGCUGCAACUUCCAAAACUGCAGUCCGAACGACAGACCUUCGCUUGGACGUCCAUCGCAACACACAAGAUGCGACGAUGGCUACCGGCAUAAUACAAGCAAAUAGCCAAGCAACCGACAAGACCGUUAAAGCAUUCAUUAAAGGCAAAACUGGAGGCCACAGUGGUACACAUCAGGUGAUUGGGCAGAAAAUAAGUUUCGGGCUCGGUGAUAAGUUCGAUGCCGAAGCGCUUGCAGGAGCUGUUGAAAAAACAACCUAG